AUGACCCCGGAGGCUGCAUCUCGGAAGGAAGAAGAGGCUGAGCGAUGCUUGAGAAGACGCGAACGGAGCCCAAAGCCCGCCCCAGAGAGUCCCCAUCCAGCCCCUAGAGAGUCCCUAGUCCCCAGUCCCCACCGCCGCCCUAGAGAGUCCCCAGUCCCCAUCCCGCCCCCAGAGAGUCCCCCAGUCCCCAUCCCGCCCCCAGAGAGUCCCCAGUCCCCCACCCGCCCCCAGAGAGUCCCCCAGUCCCCCACCCCGCCCCUAGAGAGUCCCCAGGUCCCCACCCGCCCCCAGAGAGUCCCCAGUCCCCCACCCCCACAGAGUCCCCAGUCCCCAGUCCCCCAGCGCCGCCCACCUUCCGACGAUCGCGAGGCUAAAAACCCGCCAAGCCGUUCUCCAACACAGAUUUCAAUAUUCUAUCCUCCCACUCAUCCCGCCAAGACCUCAUUAUACCGGUCAUUGCUGAUCCGAAAGAUGAAACCCGAGCUUAAUUAA